AUGAAGUUCUCAUAUUCUCUUCCUUUGCUUGCCCUGUGGGUAUCAUCUGCCUCUGCUGCUGCGACCGUUUAUCUGAUCCGUCAUGGCGAGAAGCCAUCAAAUGGAUCUACCGGACUAAGCACUCAAGGAGAACAGCGUGCCCAAUGUCUUCGAUCUGUCUUCGGAGCCAGUUCGUCCUAUAACAUCGGAUACAUCCUGGCGCAGACGCCAAAAUCUGAUGGAAAGAGAGACCGUCCCUUCGAGACGGUCGAGCCCCUGGCUCAAGAUCUCGGCUUGACGGUCGACACGAGCUGCGAUCGUGAUGAUCCAAAAUGCGUCAAGAAAGCAGUCGACAACUACACUGGUUCUGGCAAUAUCCUCAUCUGCUGGGAGCACGGUGAGUUGACUGACAUUGUUGAUAAGCUUGGGGAUGACAAUGCCCCGACCUAUCCGGAUGAUCGCUAUGAUAUCAUCUGGACAGACCCGUCGCCAUAUGAUAGUAUCACGUCCCAGACGAGCGAGAAUUGCCCGGGUUUGGACAGCUAG